CACAACAUACAGAAAAAAGAACCAAUUUCACGUACAAUCUGUGUGCACCAUCUUCAACCGAGUUCCUGUAAAACAUUCCAAGCUGAAAGUAUUAAAACAUUCGAUGCGCCAUGUCCUGGUUCCAAGAUUUGGCGGGCAAAGCGGAAAACAUACUCACGAAAAUUGAUCAGAAUGCGGCGACGGUGCUGCAAACACGUCCCAUGUCUGAUGAUGUGGAAGGUGCUCCCCUGCUCGAGGUCAGUGUGAUGACGAAUGAAGUUCCUCCGCACCAGCCAGCACCCAAACCGAGGGUUGUCCAGAAAAGUACGCUGCUGAACAAAAAACCAGCCCGAGGAAUGGUGCGCUCGGCGUCGAGUGCUUCGAACGAAAAAAGCUUAGACGUGGAGGUGGAAACACAAUCGUCCAAGUCCGAGAAGCUGAAUGCGUCCGAAGCAUCGUCCAGGCGCAGCUCGGUGAACUCAAAGAAGGAAGGCACAGUGAUCGAUAUGAGUGAGGCAGUGGCGGAAAAUGCGAGCUACAGCAAACCGGAACCGAGCUACAGCAUCGAGCAGGAACUGGCGGCGAUCAAAAUCGUGCUGGCUGAAAUUAAGGCCGAACGGGACGAGCUGAAAAGUGAGCUUGAUAGUACACUGUCGCAGCAGCUUAGCAAUGGCGAGACGGAAAGCAAACUGCUUGAGCUCGAGGUGCUGUGCCAGAACCUGUCGGAGGAGAAAAUGGCUUUGGCGGGAAAGCUGCUCAGCCUCGAGGAGGCCAACGGCAAGUACGUGAAAUCCAUCUCCGAGCUGGAAUCAACGAUUGCCAAGCACAUACAGAGUGAGCAGGAGCUGAACUCCAAGCUGGACAUGGCAAGGCUCGAGACGGAAAAUGCGCUGUCCGAGCUGCAGCAGUAUCGCGUUCGGGCACAUGCGACACUACAGCUGAAAGAGAAAACGAUCGAACAGUUGAAAGAGCAGAUGAGUGGCAGCGGUAGAACGGACUCGACCGAUUCAACCGACUCCAAGCACAGCAAUGCGGAACAGAUAUUGCAAAUAGAGCUGGAACAAACGCGGCAAGAGAAAGCUAACCUGACGGAAGAGCUGACCAGCCUGAAUGAACGGAUGAAACAGCGCGAAGCGCAGUGGAUGAAGGCGGAAGAAAAGCUGCGGGUAACAGUACACGCCCUAGAACAGAAUGUACAACGACUGGAGCAGCAAAUUCUGCUGGAUGCUGAUAAGUUUAGCGUCCUGGAGGAUGAUUUUAAACUCAAGCAAAGGGAACUAGCAUCCGUUCGGGAGGAUUUGAUUAAACAGCGCACCAGCUUCACGCUACGACUGCAUGAAAAAGAGUCGGAGAACAGCAAACUUCGGAACAAAAUCCACACUCGACCGGUUAGUCCACUAAAUGAUCAGGAAGAACGGCUAGCUUCGUUAACGCAGUCGUUAGUGCAAAAGCAAACGGCACUAGAAACUGUCACAGUCGAACGGAACGCACUUCGAAUACAACUGGAAAAGUUGGAGAACCAGUAUAGAAACACCGCAUCACAAGUGAGGCAGCAACGGGCAGUCUAUCUAAACAGCAACGUAACUGAUGAUGCCAAAUCGCAAGUCCCAAACUUUAUGCUCGAAACGCCAUUCGACAACAACGUCGCUCGGCGAAUGAAACGGGCAUACUCGUCGCUCGAUUCGAUCGGCAUACGGUUGGGCGUGUUUCUGCGUCGCUACCCGCUGAUCCGCAUUCUUGUGAUAGUUUAUGUGGCCGUGCUUCAUCUAUGGGUCAUGUUUGUGCUCCUGUCGUCUACCCCGACAUAAUGCUUUAAUCACGUUUUUGUUAGUUGUAAAUUUUACGAAUAAACUAAAAGUCCUCCUAUA